AUGGCUGGAAAGACCAAGUCUGUAGCCAUCAUUGGUGGUGGAGCAUCCGGGGCUGUCGUGCUGGACACUUUGGUCAAAGAAGAGGCAUUUGAGGAGAUUGUUCUCUAUGAGAGAAGAGACGUUCUAGGAGGAGUGUGGGUGCUUGAUGAGAAGCCAGACGAGCUCGACGUUCCACCAGGCGUUGGUCAGGAGGUGCUGGACCCUCCAUUGGCGAUACCAGAGUUCCAAGAGCAGCUUAGAGCACCAAGAUCAACUCAGCAGAGAUACGUUCAUACUCCUUGUUACAAGGAUCUCAGAACAAAUACUCCAGAGCUGACCAUGACGUACAGCGAUAGGGCAUUUUGGGAUACUAAGGACGGGGAAAGGAUCGAAGAGAAAGGUAUAUAG